UGAGAGUGACAACACCGCCGACCCCACAACACGCAUGAUAGAGGACCAGCCUCACUGCUUCUGGUAUUAGUCAUCGACCAAAGACUCUGCACCAGCCCAGACACUCUCACGCCUGCACCGUGAUCUCUGGCUGCGCUUUCCUCAUUUACGCCUCUGUUCCGCACCUACCCUGCGCAUCACCUUCCCCGCCCACGACAACGUGUUUACCUACCAACCUGUUCGACCGUCAUCUGUCAUCUGUCAACGUCACCACGACAGCCUUCGCACCCUCUCACAAUAUCAGCAAGCUCUGUUCCCGGGGAAACAGGUAGCAGCCUGCAUUGCGAAAGAGCCUUGUCCUGCGACAACCUAGGACUUUCGCCCCCCACUAUUCGCCAGAAAUUGCGCCAGAGGCGACAUUGGAGAGAUUGUAUGUUUGGCUAGUUCGCUUUCCGAGCGCCCGGCGCAAACAUGAAGAUCAAGAAGCAGGCUACAUCGCGGCAUGAGUCCACUCUGUCGCCGAUGAUAGCAGAAUUUGUACGAGCAACCGAGUCAAUACCGCUCUACCAGCUGCCCGCCCACCUAGCUUCGUUCCCCAAGCAGUGGCCAUUUCCUCGCGGAGAUGCCUAUCACUGGAUACCUGUGCUGAACCGCUUCGAUCGCAUACUGGAAUUGUUCAACCAGGAAUAUGGGUUGGUGGACGCGCCGCAGACACAGCCCUUCCAGCGGCGAUUACUGCUCAAGGGCGAUGCAGAGGAGGAGAAUACCAACGCCAAAUCGAGCACCACUGACGCCGUUCUAGAUACCCUGCACGUAUCUCAGGAUGGUGAUCGUGAGCUGAUCGAGCAACUUCUGGGCUUUACACGCAUGCUGUUGGAGAAUUGCGGUAACCGUAGCUUAUACUCAAGCAGCGAGCGUUUGGACAAGCUUCUGAACACCACCUCCACGUCCUUGCUAAAGGCAACCCUACGACUUGGGCACAGGCUAUCGCAGCGCUACCAGGCUGCACGCUUACGUCUGGCACCCGCCACACUGCACCCUUCGCUGCUCUCGAGCCACUACAACAUCGGUCUUGACAAGAUCCAGAAGCUGUCUGCACCAUUCUCAAAGGGCCCCACAGCAGCCGCACCUCUCUUUGGCACACCUGCUGGCAAAGGAAAGGACAAAGGCCCUGGCGACCGACGCAGUGACACAGAUAGGUUCAACCCGGCUGAUUUGACUGGCUUGUACAAGCUACCAGAGUCCGCGCUGAAGCAAGAGUUUGGAGGAAUCCACAUCUCUUACUAUGAGCCAACUGCAACACCUGAAGAGAGCGGCAGCAAGCCUGCAGCGCCUAACACAGAUACACCCAGCACACCAACACCAGUGCGUCGAACGUCAAAUAUGCGAAACCAAACUCCACGAACGCCCCAGACCGCGCCGACCGCAGAGUCGCCGAGCACGCCAGCCUUCACUCCGGGAGAGCCGGGCGGCCGACCGAACGGACCAAAGACAUUUGAGCUCUCUGCAGACAAGGUUGCGAAGACCCACAUUCACGAUUUGCUCAGGCAGGGGCUUGCAGAGCUGCCCGCUAGCGCGCAUUAUGAGUUGCUGCACAAGCUCCGCACGGCAAAGAUGCUCAGCAGCGGAACUGCCGGACGGGAUGACGCGGUCGCUGUCCGUCUGCUUGCAAUUGCCAACAUGGGCUUUGUGCACGGCGAGAAGGAGUUCCAUGCUCGGCUGGGCCAACAAGAUGCGGACGAGCCAAGGCGGCUGCAAUUAGUGUUCCAGCUUUCUGAACUGGUGCAACCACCCGGCGACGGAAUGACUGGUAUAUCGACCGAGCUUCAGACAUUCACUUUCAACGCGCUGGAAGCAUUAGCGAAACACAAGACCAAGUCGGCUGAUGUCUGCACUGCGCUCAGCGUCAACGUCAACCACGGUGUGCUGUUCUACAUCGUUCGCAAGCUCGUUGCCGGUCUUGGCAUCGAAGAAGGCGCACAGAUCGACCUUGAGGAAGAUGAGUGGCGCGACGCAGUAUUCUCCCUACUCAACACUAUCCCACAAUCUCAGUCCCGCACGGGAGAAGGUAUGGUCUCUGCUGGGCUACUUGAGAUCUUAGUCGAAGUCCUCAAGCUUCGAACGGACAAGGCAGAACGCAAUCACCCCAAGAUCCUCAACUUCCUUGAUACAUUUGUGUACAACUUGCAGCAUGCAUUUGCAGCUCUCGUCAGUGCUAGAGGUUUGGAGAUCAUCGCCGAUCUCAUGCAGUACGAAGUCAAUACAUCGAAGAAACUCGCCGAAGAGAACAAGGGCAUGCCCAAGGAGUACAAGACUCAGCUCACCGACUACCAGAUCCCUUUUUACCACCAGCAGACACUCAGGUGGCUCUUCAAGUUCUUGAAUCACAUGAUGUCUCAUACAGGUGGCAACUUCGAUCGUCUCAUGCGGCAACUCAUUGACUCCUCGCAACUUCUGACUGCUCUCCGCACUGUGCUUUCAAAUGCAAGCAUCUUCGGUUCGACCGUAUGGAGCAUGGCCGUCAGCGUUCUUACGAGCUUCAUUCACAACGAGCCAACCAGCUACCAGGUCAUCGCUGAAGCUGGUCUGAGUGACGCCUUCCUAGAAACCGUGGCCGGUGCGCCAGCUUCAGAAGCAACGGCCGCAGCUAUUGCCAGCCUUACAAACGCCACCAAUCCUCAACCACAGCGCGUAUACACAGCACGAGAGCCUGGUCAGCCCUUGGCUACUGGUAUUCUUCCGGUAGCUGAGGCUAUUUCAACUCUGCCCCCUGCCUUUGGAGCGAUAUGUUUGGCGGAGGCUGGUAUGAAGCUGUUCCAAUCGUCAAAUGCUCUCCCUCGAUUCUUCGAGAUCUUUGAGAGUCCAGCUCACGUCAAGGCUCUUGAUGCCGACACAGAGAUGCCUACCAUGAUUGGUAACACUUUCGAUGAAUUGGUUCGCCAUCAUCCACCGCUGAAAUCACGCGUCCUCUCGUGUCUGAGUGAGCUGAUCGCUCGCGUCGUACAACUCUGCGCCGACAAAGCAGAGAAGGAAGGCGGCGGUGCGAAGCUGUGGACCGAAGAUUCUGAUGGCAAGCUGUUCGUUGCUGGCGGUCGUCGAGCACUUGUAGGUUCACAAUCUGUGAGUGGUCGCGCUGGACAAUCUACCUCUGGUACCGCAGAUGUUGAGAUGCAAGAUGCUUACAAGCAACUAACGGCUCAGUCUUCUGUAGAAGCUGCAUCGAUCGAUCAGAUUGUCGAUACGGAAGACAGCGCGCAAGGUCCAACGACCAGCCAGUACAUUCGCGUGCUGUGUCGAUUUUUGAGCGGUUUCUUCUCCAAUCACGCUAUGUGCGCUGCCUUCAUCGAAGCGGAUGGCGUAGAGUCCAUUCUAGACAUUUCCAGUCUUGCCUGCCUUGACCCGAAAGCCAAGGAAUCACGCAGUAUGAGUGAGGAAUUUGGCCGUGUUGUUCAAGUUCUUGUUGAGCAGAAGCCGCACAUCACUGUGCCCUCGCUGAUCAAGCGGACUCAACGUGCAUUGGAACAACUCGAGCCUCUCUUGAACCACUCAGGAGGGACGGCAUUCUUUGCGCCCUUCACCAACAAUGCCUUUCAAGACAAUGAGGUGGUGAAGAACGGAACGAACUACGUGAAGGCUCUGGUCUCUGCGCACACACUCGUAUCAGCCAUGACCUUGACGUUUCAAAGUCAAAUGUUCAGUCCUCGUUCUCAGCACAACGUCUCAGCUCAAGUCAACUUGGCUGACAUGUACGCGCGCCUCGUUGACAGUCUCGGCAAGCUGCACCGUAGCUGUGUAUGGGAAGAGAUCCUCCUCCAGAGAAACAUGCCAACAGCCUGGGAGAAGGAGACCCGCAUCAUCAGCCCCGGGUUCGGAGUCGCUGAAGCUGAUCACAUCUUCGGCAUGGGAAGCAGCCAUCGGCCGUCAGACCCGACCGAAGGAGCCACGAGCGAUGAUGCGACACCCUCUCAAGACGCAGCAUCCGCAAUCCCUGUUCCGAGCCAGGAUAGCGCGCAGUUCAAGAACACACAAACCCUGCGCUCGCUCCUCAGUCGGAUACCACUGGAAAUCGCUCCAUUCUUCCAAUCCCUUGGUAGGCUUCUGCUCUCUAGACGAAGCUUAGAAACCUACCAGAGGCAAUGCGCUACGAUUGUCUCAGAUCAGCUUGCGCAAGCGGUCAUUGAUCAGCUCCAAUUUGAGGCACCUAAAGAGUCAGGCUCUGUGGAAGAUCGAUAUGCAUACUGGAUUGUCACCUUGACAUCUCUGUCGCAACUCAUGAUCGACCCACAUAUGGAUAGGACCCAAGCAUUGACUCUAUUGCUCGUAUCGUUCGGAAAUCUUGGCGGCUUUGAAGUGCUUGCGGAUAUACUCAACAAGUUCUACGAGUCAGCUUCGGAGGCUUCCCACAAGGAGGGUGACGAUGCGAGCGAGGAGAGCAAGCGACUUCUGCACCUGUCACUGGGCGGUAUCAAGAUCAUGCUGGCUUUCUACGCCCAGAUCACUAACAACAAGAUCAUAAGCGAGUCGCCACAGACAUCGUCAAUGCAGACUCGACCAGAUCGUGAUCGCGAUCGAGCAGACUAUUUCUCCACGCCACAAUUCUUGGUUGAGUUACGUUACGCCGCCAUCAAGCCUGUUGAGAAGAUCUGGAACUCUGAUCUUAUCGACAAAGCCACCACCUCGAUAGUGAAGACAUCCAUUAACAUUUUGAGGUCUGUUCUUGAGUGCGAAGGUGAGCACGGAGCGUCCAAGAGCGUGGAUAAGAUCCCCAAGCGAAGCAAACCUAUCAUCAAGCCAUGGGCGCCCCGUAAUGGCGAGCAUAUGAUCCGCUUGAAAGAGGCAGACUUCGAGGAGAGCUUGGCUGAAGAGGCACUCUAUCGCUGCUGCGACAACUAUAACCUGGCACAUGAUUACUGCCAAAAUCAGACUCAUCAGCCGUCGUCAAGAAAUCCGAUUCCACAGUACGAGAUCGAGGCUCGUGGCCCACCGUCUACAUCACCCAGCCGAGCUGAGGUUGUAGUACCUGAGCAUGCCGACAACACCAGUAUUUCUACAGGCGACGACACUAAUGAUGAGAGCGCCUUAGAAGCACCAGACGCUCGAUCUGUUCAAAUGGAGGAUGUUGCCACAGAUGCCUCUCAGGAAAUGCCGGAUGCCUCUGCCAGCACACCGGUGCCCGAUAGCCAGCCAGCGCAGCCUUUCGUUGCACCUCGCGAUGCCCUAGCAUACCAGAAGCGAAUGGCUGUUGGUAACAAAGCUGAAGCUGUUGCCUUGGACGAUCUCGACAAGGAGCGCGCUACACUCCGUCAGAACUUAGUCGAUCGUUCGCUCGAUAUACUCAACUCACAUGAUGGUGUCACCUUCGAAUUGGCAGAUCUCAUCACUGCAGCCGUUGCAAAGGCAUCUGACCCAGCGGCCAUGCGCUCCGAAAUCGGCGUGACAUUGGUUCAGUCUCUGAUCUCAUACCAGAGCGAGGAUGACUUCCGUUCGCAAGGCAAGAAGAUCGCAGCUUCUGCACAUUUGCUUGCCCUGGUCCUGCAAGAGAAGGACUUCUACGAAGUCAUUGUGGAAGAGUUGAAAGACAACUUUGCUACGUUGCUUGGCUUCAUCAAGAUUUUCCCGGAUCAGACGCCCGAGGAGUCCUCGCCCUGGAUCGGACAGGUGCUUCUCAUCAUUGAGCGACUCCUGGCUGAAGAUCAGCUUCCCCACCAGAUCCAGUGGACGCCUCCAACUAGCGAUUCACAGCAAGAAACUUCCGUCGAUGACUUACCUGAGCCUAUCGUAAGCACCGACGAAAAGAGCCUCCUAUUCCAAGCGAUCAUGGACAUUCUUCCACGCAUUGGCAAAGACGAGUCUUUGGCUUUGUCAGUCACCCGCGUCCUGGUCAUGCUCACUCGCACACGUAAGAUUGCAUCACGUCUGGCAGAGAAGCGCAACAUCCAGCGCAUUUUCCUUAUGAUUAAGCAACUUGCUGGCGUGACCAAUGAAGGUCUACGGAGUGCUUUCAUGAUCGUCCUUCGCCACAUGAUCGAGGACGACGCCAUGAUCAGGCAGCUUAUGCGUACAGAGAUUCAGCAGAUGUUCGAGUCGCGCGAUCGAAGGCAGACUGACACGACCGGCUACACCCGCCAGAUGUAUGCUCUUGCCAUCCGAGCUCCCGAGAUCUUUGUCGAAAUCACCAACGAGAAGUUACAAUUGGCGCGUUUUGAUCCCAACCAGCGACCUCAGACUCUGACGCUCAAGCGAGAGGAUUUUCCUGCCACAGAGCUUAACGCAAGCGCCGGGCCUUCAGACACCACAGCUGAGGCAGACAAGCCUAAGGAGUCAAGUGAGGUCCCACCUCAGAAACCGGUUUUGGAGCGCACAAAGACUACAGAUCUGAAGCUCCCGGUUGUCGAAAACCCUGAUGGUGUCAUUCACUAUUUGCUUUGCGAGCUGCUCGCAUACAAGGAGAUCGAGGACAAAGCAGAGCCCCGGAAGCCCAUGGAGUCCGCACCAGAGAGCCCAGAGACUCCGAACGCCACUGGCGAACCCCAGCCCCCUUUAGAAGGAGCCUCGACACCUUCGACUACGGCUUCAGACCCAAGCAAGUCUGAGAAGCCCACAUUCAAGGCUGAUGCGCAUCCAAUCUACAUCUACCGUUGUUUCAUCCUCAAGUGCCUCGCGGAACUCCUGCAAAGCUACAACCGUACCAAGAUUGAGUUCAUUAACUUCUCGCGCAAGGCCGAUCCGUACACGAUGACACCCUCGAAGCCUCGUUCUGGCGUGCUGAAUUAUCUUCUUAACGUCUUGGUUCCUAUCGGUACCCUCAACCACGAGGGCGAUCUCGCCUUCAAGAAGAAGCUUGCAACGUCGAAUUGUGCUAUCGAUCUCAUUGUCUCCCUUUGUAACAAAACGGGAGAGAAUGCCCUGCCCAAGGCAGAGGCGAGCCAAAUGUCCCCUUACGCUGAGACUGAACAGGACCUCCUCUUUGUGCGCAAGUUUGUUCUUGAACAUGCUCUGAAGGCAUUCAAGGACGCCAGCGCUUCUGACGAGGCUCUCGACAUGAAGUACUCACGUCUGUUAGGCAUUGCUGACAUCUUCUCGAGGCUGGUGUCGCAGCGAGCCAACGGUGAGAUGCUCACUUCAAAUGCCGAUCUUACGCCAAACCUCAAGCAAAUGGCGAAGAUCAUGUAUGAGAAGAACUUCAUCACUAUCCUGACGACAGCCAUCUCAGAUAUCGACCUCAACUUCCCGAACGCGAAGCGAGUCGUCAAGUACAUCCUGAAGCCGCUCAAGUGGCUGUGCUAUGUCGCAAUGGAUCUGAGCACACACUAUGACGACUCUUCAGCGCCUGACUCUGCUGACGAGUCCGAGAUCUCGACAGCAUCGGACGAUGAUCUCGUCGACAACGCACGCGAGGAAACGCCUGACCUCUUCCGCAACUCCACUCUCGGACUGUUCGAGCCUCAUGACGAUUACGAAUCUGAAGAUGAAGAGGACGAAGAUGAUGAAGAGAUGAUGUACGACGAUCCAUACGCCGACGAUAUGGAAUACGACGAAGGCGGAGAGCUCGGUGAUGACGAUGUGGUUUCCGAAGAAGACGAGGAAAUGCUGGAGAUGGAUAUCGACGACAUGGGUCCUAUCGAAGGGCUGCCUGGCGAUGUCGACGUCGAGAUCGAACUUGACGAUGGCCAAGAGGGCAUGGAGUCAGGCACCGACGAUGACUCGGAAGAGGAUGAUGAGGAUGAUGAAGACGAUGAAGAUAUGGAUGAUGACGACGAUGAGGAGGAGCCUAUCGACGAUGAAGCCGUCAUGGAUGCCAUGGACGAGCUGGUCGAGGAACUCGAAGAGGUUACCGGUGACGACGAAGGCGGUAGUCUCGCUGACGACCAAGAAGAAUGGAGUGACGAGGGCGACGACUUUCCACCCGGUAUGAAUGGGGAUAACAUGCCUACAAACCCUCUUAGCGGCUUCAUUCUUGACCCACCUCAGCUUCUCGAACAGAUGCGUCAGGGUGGUGACAUUGAGGACUUCUUGGGUGACGAGAUGGGCGAAGAUGGUGAAGAAGAGGAGGAAGAGGAGUAUGACGAAGAUGACAUCCACUACGAUCCUGGGAUGGAAGACGACGAAGAAGGCAUGCCUGAGCUGGGUUGGGGCGGUGGUGGCGUAAAUUGGGAUAUCGGUGAGCCGGUCGCUCCGACCUCCCGCCAUACCCACCGACUGAGUCCUUGGAUGUUCCCUGCCGGACCUGGCGACCGUAUCCUCGUCCCAGCAUAUCGUUCCCAUCGUCCAGGCGCCGGCCCUCGCGCAACGGACGAUGGCAUCAAUCCUCUUCUGCAGCGUGGCAGCCGAUUGCACGGUCGCGAUGGACCUACUGGUCGGGGUGAGAGCGAUUGGGUCCACGCCAUAGAGGGACGUGGCCCUCGCGCAGCCAAUGCUGACAGCCCUGUUUCUUUCAUUAGCAACCUACUUAACGCCAUGAGCCAAGGUAACGCACCGCAGCUGCAACAGCAUGGUGGUGCUAUCCAUCUGUCCUUCAACAAUCUCCCAAUUGGUAUCCCUCCACCAUUCGAUGUCGGCUUCCAUCGUAACAUGGUUCCUCCCAGACCCGGUAACAUGUCACGCUCCGCCCGCGAGGACCCACACUCAGCGGUUGCAUUCUCGAAGGCUUACACUAGUCAACGCUGGCAAGAAGAAGCUAGGAUCCUCUACGGCCCGGUUGCAAUCGAGAAGAGUCAACGCGUGAUCAACUCGAUUCUGAAGCUCAUGGUACCUCCCGCCAUGGAAGCAGCCAAGAAACGAGACGAAGAGCGAAAGGCCGAGGCUGCCCGCAAGGCCAAGGAAGAGCAGGAGCGUAAAGAGCAGAAGGAGCGCGAGGAGCGCGAAGCUCGAGAGAAGGAGGAGGAGGAGCGACAGGAACGUGAAGCUGCUGAAGCCGCAGAGGCGGCCAGUCGCGCAGCUGAGACUGCUACAUCGGACGAAGCUAAAGAGCAGCCCGCCACAUCAAUCGAAGGCACCUCUAUGGAAGGCGUCGAAGCCGGUCAAGCAGAGCCUGAGGCUCCUGCCGAACCAGUACAGCGCAUCACUACCAUGCUGAGGGGGCGCGAAUACGAUAUCACUGAGCUGGGCAUUGACCUCGAAUACCUUGAUGCACUACCCGAGGAACUGCGCGAAGAAGUGCUGCUGCAACAAGUCGCUGAGCGACGUCAAGAGCAACGCCAGCAGCAAGCACAGCAAGCGCGUCAACAGCAGCAGGCCCGGCAACAACAGUCAUCCGGUCAACCUGGACAGGCCGGCAGUGCCGCCCAGGUUGAGGAGCCUACCGAGCUCGACGAAGAAUUUCUGGCUGCCCUUCCGCCGGAGAUGCGUGCCGAGCUCCUCCAACAAGAAGCGGCUGAUCGACGAAGACGUGAACGGGAGGAGAAUCGCCGCCGUCAAGCUGCCAACGCCGGUGUCCCUGCAGCUCAAGCGGAAGAGAUCGAUGCUGCUAGCUUCUUCGCGACCUUGGACCCUGCUCUGCGUGCCGCCGUCCUCAUGGACACAGACGAGGACACCCUGCGACAACUGCCACCUGAGAUCUCGGCAGAAGCCCGAGCAUAUGGUGGUGAUCGACGCUUGAAUCAGUUCGAGUUUGGCUACCAACGCGGCGGACGUCGAGGCCAGCCGGAUGACCCCACACAGAAGAAGAAGGCUCGUCCAUGCGUUCAGAUGCUCGACAAGGCAGGUGUUGCAACUUUGCUGAGGCUUAUGUUCAUCCCUCAGCAGGGUAGUGCCAAAUCCAGUCUCAGCUCGAUCUUGCGGUACGUCUGCGAGAACCGACAAAACCGAGCCGAAGUCAUUAGCAUCCUUCUCUCCAUUCUCCAAGAUGGCAGCGCCGACGUGAAUGCUGUCGAGCGCAGCUUCGCUCAACUCUCACUCCGCGCGAAGCAGCCGCAGCAGCCUGCAGACAAGACCCCAAAGCUGUCUCGAAAGAACGGCGCAUUGUCUAUCAACUCAGACGUGUCGCCACUGAUGGUGGUGCAACAGUGCUUGAACACGCUCGCACAGCUAACAGAGAAGAACCCAGCUGUCUGGCAAUUUUUCUUGACCGAGCACGAGACAGGCGUGGGCUUCAAGAAUCGUGGCAAUCGCAAGGGCAAGGGCAAGGACGCUAAGUCAACCCGAUACCCUGUCAACGCACUUUUGACUCUUCUGGAUCGAAAGCUCAUCGUAGAGAGCUCCUCAAUCAUGGAGCAGCUGACGGGUCUACUUCGAAUCAUCACCUACCCUCUACAGCAGAUCAAGAAAGACAAGGAGAAGGCUGCGGAAGAGGCCAAGAAGGCAGCUGAAGCUGCUGUUGCAGGCCCAAAUUCUGAAGCUCCGGUGGCUGGACCUGAACAGAAGCUGGCGGAUCAGCAAGCAGGCCAAGACACCGAUAUGACAGCUACCGCCGAUGCAACUGCGCCUACAACUGCAACCACAGAAGGCGAAGGCAGCUCGACCAAGCCGGAAGAGGCAAAAGCAAAGACCGAGGAAGAGAAGGGCAAGAAGCACAGGACGAUUACGCCGCCAGACAUUCCUGAGAACAACCUGCGUCUGGUCGCUAAGAUUCUUGCUGCCCGCGAAUGCAAUAGUAAGGUGUUCCAAGAAACCCUAUCCGUCAUUAGCAAUCUCUCGCCCAUUCCAGGCGCAAAGGAGAUCUUCGGCCAGGAACUGCUUGGCAUUGCGAAGGAACUGGCUAAAUCAAUUCUCGAUGAUCUUGCCAGCUUGAAAGCUCAGGUGUCCAAGGCAGAGUCGCACACGGAUGUCCAGGGUAUUGCCCUAGCUAAAUUCUCGCCUGCGACUUCAGAUCAGACGAAGCUGUUGAGGGCUUUGACUGCGCUCGACUACUUGUUUGACCCUUCACGCGACAGCAAGGACAAGCCUGAAGCCAGUGCGGAGGCACUUGAACCCAAGCAGAAGGAGGACAUCUUGUUGACGCUCUAUGAAGAUGCAGCUUUCGCGCCGCUCUGGACCAAACUCAGCGAUUGCCUGACCGUCAUUCGCGAACGAGGCAAUAUGCUCAACAUUGCGACCACGCUUCUGCCUCUCAUUGAGUCUCUUAUGGUCGUUUGCAAGAACACUACUCUGAAGGAGCUUCCAUUGGCCAAGAUGUUGCCAAAGGAGUUCGCGCUUACCAGCCCGCCACCGGAGAGUAAGAUGGAGAACCUCUUCUUCAAUUUCACAGAGGAUCACCGAAAGAUCCUGAACGACCUUGUUCGCCAGAAUCCGAAAUUGAUGAGCGGUACAUUCUCCCUAUUGGUCAAGAAUUCAAAGGUAUUGGAGUUUGACAACAAGCGCAACUACUUCAACCGAAAGCUUCACUCUCGUGGAGGCGACCGUCAACCACAUCCGCCGCUCCAGCUCUCGGUGCGCCGAGACCAAGUUUUCCUGGACUCUUUUAAGUCUUUGUACUUCAAGAGUGCAGAAGAGAUGAAGUAUGGCAAGCUCAGCAUCCGCUUCCACGGCGAAGAGGGUGUUGAUGCUGGUGGUGUGACCCGCGAGUGGUUCCAAGUCAUCGCGCGCCAGAUGUUCAACGCCGAUUACGCGCUCUUCGUACCUGUCGCGUCCGACCGAACGACCUUCCAUCCAAACAGGCUCAGCUCUAUCAACCCGGAGCACUUGAUGUUCUUCAAAUUUAUUGGACGCAUCAUCGGUAAAGCGCUCUACGAGGGUCGUGUUCUUGAUUGCCAUUUCAGUCGUGCAGUCUACAAGCAGAUCAUGAGCAAGCAGGUCAACCUCAAGGAUAUGGAAACUCUGGAUCUUGAGUACUACAAGUCGCUGGAGUGGAUGUUGCAUAACGACAUCACAGAUAUCAUCACUGAAACCUUCUCGACUGAAGUCGAGGCGUUUGGUGAGAUGCAGACUGUCGAUCUUAUUGAGAAUGGUCACAACAUCCCGGUCACCGAGGAUAACAAGCACGAAUACAUCCGCCUCAUCACGGAGUACCGCCUCACAGGCGCCGUCGAAGAGCAACUCAAGGAAUUCCUUCGGGGCUUCCACGACAUUGUGCCAGCCGAGUUGGUAUCCAUCUUCAGCGAACAGGAGCUUGAGCUGCUGAUUUCUGGUCUUCCUGAUAUCAACGUUGAUGACUGGAAGAACAACACUGAAUACCACAACUAUACCGCUGCUUCGCCACAGAUCCAGUGGUUCUGGCGUGCUGUCCGUACAUUCGAGAAGGAAGAGCAGGCUAAGCUGCUCCAGUUCGUCACUGGUACCAGUAAGGUGCCAUUGAACGGCUUCAAGGAACUCGAGGGCAUGAACGGCUUCUCGAAGUUCAACAUCCAUCGCGACUAUGGCAGCAAGGACCGCUUGCCGUCCAGCCAUACUUGCUUCAACCAGCUUGACCUUCCAGAAUACGAGUCCUACGAAGAUCUCCGCAAGGCUCUCUACACAGCCAUGACCGCUGGUGGUGAGUACUUUGGCUUCGCAUAAUCAGUACAUCGUUUCUUCAGAUUGUAUCGACCAUGUUCCGCGCUUCUUUACAUAUUCAUGACCUUCGGUAUGCAUUGCAGGCGCGCUAUUGUAUGAGCAUAAAAUGGCGAGGAAUUGGUGGGCGUUGAGCGUUUCCAGCUAGCAUGAUGAUGCUGCGGAGGGAGACCGGGAGUGCAGGCCUGUGUCUUCUGAUGCAAGUCACACGUGUGUAGCUAGUUUUGGCAAGGUAUAUCAUAGUCAUAGUAGGUAGUAUACUGAGCUACUUUGUUCUG